UGUAAUAACAAUACCCUCCGAUCAUUUGAUUUCAGUCAAACGAUGCUGAAUGUGACUGCCGCCGCUCGCACUCACUUCCCCUUCGUACCUCACCUCCGCCACUCCGCCGCUCUCCGCUGCAAACCCUCAAUUUCCCACUGCCGAUUCCCUCUCCGCUCCUCUCCCUCCAUCAGAAUGUCGUCUUCCGAUUCCCAUUCUAACUCCAACCAAAUCAUCGAACACAUCGUGCUGUUCAAAGUCAAGCCGGAGACGGAUCCCUCCGCCGUCAACGCCAUGAUCACCAACCUCAACGGUCUGAGUUCUCUUGACCCGGUCCUCCACAUCUCCGCCGGUCCGGUUUCCCGCUGCCGGUCCAAUUCCCUCACCUUCACUCACAUGCUGCACUCUCGAUACCGAACCAAAACCGAUUUGACUGCCUACUCGGACCACCCCACCCACGUGAGCGUCGUUUCGAAUUACAUCAAACCUAUCAUCGAGGACAUCAUGGCAGUUGAUUGGGUGGCCGAGGACUUCUCCGGUCCGGCGGAUGUUCCUCCUGGGUCGGCCCUGCGGUUGACGAUUUUGAAGUUGAAGGAAGGCGCGGGGGAGAGUGGGAAAAGCGAGGUUUUGAGGGUUGUGAGUGGUAUUAGGGAGAAGUUUCCUUCGAUUAAGCAGCUGACUGCCGGGGAGAACUUUUCGCCGGGGAGGGCCAAGGGUUUCUCGAUCGGUUCUAUCGCGGUUUUCAAGGGAAUGAAGGAAUUGGAGGAGCUGGAUUCGGAAUCGGAGCUCGCGAAUGAGCAGAAGGAUAAGGUUAGGGAGUUUCUUGAUGGGGUGUUGGUGUUGGAUUACGCGGUCGCAGCAGCAGUUCAAACUGCCAGCGUUUAGGAUUUGUCACCGUUGUUUCACUUCCGGCUUCGGCGCCGAUGAUGUGAUAUCUUCACAAGCGCGUUGAUGAAAUACAAAUGAUUGACGUCCAGCAAAUAAGGAGAUUGUUGUACGUUUCUAUGUUCUGGUUGUCCUUUUCAGUGGGUUCAAAUGCUAUAUAUUGUAUUUUUCGCAAUGGAGAAUUUCUAAGUUGGUGUUGGCGUUCUCAAUAAAUUUCUUGACAAUUCCUCAAAGUUCUUGGCGAUUGAUUUGGUUCUACAAGCAUAUGUUAAAUGAAAAUUAAUUCUAAUUCUCAGGUUGUACCUAUAUA